GUUGGUGGCCACUACACCGACGGCACUCUUGGUUUGGUUGGUGCGGCCGGCCGAUGCUCGUUCGACGCCCGCCUCCUCGCGCCCUGACGGCGUCUCUGCUCCGGCGGGCACAGCGCGGCUACACCGCCGCCGACGUCGAGGUGGCAAGAAAGGCCAUCGCAGCACGCCGGCCCCAGCCAGAAGCAACCGACAGCACUCGAGUGCUCUACUCGCCGCGCGUGCGGCGGACCUUUGCCGAUAUAGUCACCGGCCGCUGGCGCGGCCACCCAAUCGACCUCAACCACUCGCACGAGGACUGGGCGCGCCGCGAGUCGUCCGACCGCCACAUCCGGCACGUCCUCACCACGUUCCGAUCAGCCACAUUCCGGCGGCUCCUGUAUCCUGACCUGGCUGUGACGACCUCCAUCUCGGCCUCGGUCGUGCUGCACAAUCUGCUUGUGGCGUGGGAGCACGAGCACACCAUGACGGUGGAGUCGAUCGAGCGGCAUGGCUUCGACCUGCUGCUGCACCACGAGAUGAUCACGCUGCCGGUGGAGCCGUUCACCAUGCUCUCCGUCGCGCUCGGCCUGGUCCUCUCGGUCCGCACCAACCGCGCCUACGAGCGCUUCAUCGAGGCGCGCGUGCUGCUCGGCUCGAUGACCAACGUCUGCCGCGACCUCGCCUCUCGCUUCAUGGCGCGCGAGGGCGGCGACGCGGAGGCGGAGCAGGCGCGGCGGCACGCUGUCUGCCUGGUCGCUGCGUUCGCGCACACGAUGAACCGAGGCAGCAGCGGCGGCGGCGGCGGCCUCUUCACCAUUCCUCUCGCUGCGAGCAGGCCUCGCCUUCAACGACACGUGGCAGCGGCGCUGGCGUCCGAGUACAAAGCGGCUCUUGAGCAGGAGAUCCUCGUGAUCCACGAGCUCGGCAAGCUCUCGCGCUCCUCCGCCCUCGGCCUGGAGCCGGUCGCCGCCGCGCAGAUCGACGACCGGCUGAUGAGGCUCUCGGACAUCCUCGGCGGCUGCGAGCGGCUGAUGCGGACCCCAAUGUACAGCGGCUCCACCACGCACACCUCGCGCUUCCUGUACGUGUGGUGCGCCUCGCUCCCGCUCGUCAUGUACCCCGUCGUCGGGCCGUGGGGCACCGUGCCGGUGUGCGCGAUGAUGACGACGUCGGCGUCCGGACGGAGAUGCCGUUCGACCUGCUGCCGCUGUGGCUGUACGUCGACGCGAUCGAGGCGAGUUGUGACCAGAUACGCAACCACCGCAAGAGCUUCCUCGCGUGAGUGUGUGCGCUUUGGUAGCCCGGCUUUCAA